AUGCCCUCUUUCCUCUACUCAACGAAAGCGGCUGCAACAACGAUACACGAGCUGCCUUCGUCACUGGAUGUUCGGUCCAUCUUGGACGUCCUGCACAAUGAAACCCUCUUGCCACAAAUCCUGUGGCCGAGUAGCGUCAUGUCCAGAAGGCAGCACACUUUAUCCGGUUUGGAGGGUGUGCUCACAGAAAACAAUCUCAGCGUGGCUCUUCUCAAGCUGGCAGACGGUGUUACUUGCGUGGAGAAGAUUGGCGGCUUUACAAUGACGGUUGCCUAUAGCAUAUUGGACAGCGAGGCCUGUGGAGAGGAGACGGGUCCCUCGCAUUGCUUGCAGCUGCGAGAGGAGCGUUCGGUGCGCGCCCUCAGGCCUAUUGCUAGCUUUGCAAAAUUUAAAGCCGAGUCACCGGCGAAAACGCAAAACUUGUUGCGGUUCUUCCAAGAGUAUUGUGAUAAUGCUGCCGACGCUAUGGCUGCGCUAGAGAGUAUUGGAGUAGGCUCUAAAGUAGGGAAAUACAAGGCGGAAUAA